UAGAUUCUCAUUUCUCCAAAAUUUCUUCUUCUCGUCUCUGCAGCCUCUUCAUCUCUGGUCGCUUACCUUCCGGCACCGGCGGACGCCUGUUCUGGAACUUCAGUUCCAAUGGAAGCUUGAUUCAAGUCAUUCAGUUUUUCCGUGGUUUUCAUAGGACAAGGACAUUGAAAUGACGGAGGUUGGGUAUGGAUCAAAUCAGUCUAGAGGAGCAACAAGAUCCGCCAUCCCAUUACGGCGUUGCAGCCUCUCAAAAGUUCCAGAAAGGUCGUUGAUAUCAUUGAGGACCCCAGUUGUCAGCUUCAGCUGUGGGGGAUGGGCAAGUCUUCCCGUGCUCGUAUUUUUGAUUCUGGAUAAUUUAUUAGAACCCAUUGACCAUGUUUGUUUUGCUGCUGUUUGCAAGCAAUGGCGUUCUAUGUCCAAACUCUAUAAUCAAGCAACGCAACGGUGGCGCAAUAAACAACUUCCCCCCAUGCUCUUGAUCCCAAACCAGGACAAUGACCACCGAAGAGUAGUGUACAGCAUUUCUGAAGGAAGAGUUUAUAGCAAUAUUCGGCUGCAAGUACCUUUUAGCAGGAGGUGUUGUGGCUCUAGCCAUGGCUGGUUGGCCACAGUUGAUACAACAGAGCAAGGAUGUCCCGUGGUAGUACUCAGGAACCCUUUCACAAAAGCAAAGCCCAUCUUUCUCCCUCCCUUGGAUAUCCUUAUCGCAAAGUACGAAACCUCUUACCAUGAGCAUUACGUUCGUAAGGUUAUCUUAUCCGUUGACCCCACUAUGAAUCCAGAGAAUUAUGUGGUUGUAGCACUUUGCGGUCGCUGGCCUAUGUUGGCUUUCAUCAAGGCAGGUCAAAACACUUGGACUUACCCCAGCCCAAAUGGUAACUUUGGUGAUGUUAUAUUUUAUAAAAGCAAUGUGUACGCACUUGAAGCCAUGGGAGACAUUGAGUCAUUGGAUGUUUUUAGCAGUGAUAGUAACCCUUCACAGCCGCCACAGCUGAAGCCACGCACACAUUUUCGGCCAUUUGAACCUUAUUGUUUUCAUGCAUAUCUUAUGGAAUCAAUUAAGGGAGAUUUGUUGCAUAUCUUAAGAUUUUAUGCGUUAAUUGAUGGUAGGUUCAACUAUGGUGCUGGGCGGCGGACUACGCACUUCAUGAUUUAUAAGUGGGUGUUUGACAAUGAAGAUGAAGGAUCUAUUGGGCACAAUGUUGAGGUGAAAAGCAUUGGAGAUGAGGCUCUGUUCGUGGGCGACAAUCAUUCAAUCUCUAUUUUGGCUUCUAACUUUCCUGGAUGCCAACCAAAUUCCAUAUAUUACAGCGAUGAUUACAUAUCAAACUAUCCAUCCUUAGAGGGUGAUGAACCAUAUGAUAUGGGUAUCUUUAACUUGGAGGACGGAACCAUCACACAACAUUACUCUCUACACUCCAAUUCGCAGAGAGCGAUUUGGGUUGUGCCACCAUUUAAUGGACUAUUUUAGCUUCUAA